AAGUUUUGCGUACCAGACGCAAUCCCAAAAUGCAUGAGUUCCUACUCAGUCGGACCAAAUCGCAAACGUUCAUGUAUAAAUGGAUUGCUAUGUUUUUACUUUACGAGAACUCCUAAAACACUGCUAGUUGCUACUAUUAUGGCAGCUCGAAACCAUGUAUGCCUCCUCGUCGAAUUGAUGAUCAUUGCCAUUGCUUCGCUCAAACUAGCCACGUUUUGCCGAGCAAAGGAGGGGCAAUGGCAACUUCUCUUGAACAAUACAGGGGUGGUGGCUAUGCACAUGGCGGUGACUCACCUCAAUACCGUCAUUAUGUUCGACCAAACGGGUGCCGGCCCAUCCAGCUACCGUCUCCGUAGGAGCUUCACGAGUGGAAGAAGGUGUACGGAUGAUUCUUCUGAUGAGUCCUGCUACGCUCACUCUAUCGAAUACGACAUUUCUAGCAAUUACAUUCGAGCUAUGAGGCUUGAGACCGAUCCUUGGUGUUCCUCGGGUUCUUUCUUGAGCAAUGGAACACUUCUUCAAACCGGUGGAUAUGGCAACGGCUCUCGAAGAAUCCGUUAUUUCAGGCCUUGUUGGGAUGGCCGGUGUGAUUGGGUGCAAUCGAAGAUAUCGAUGUCCUCUAGAAGAUGGUAUUCUUCCAAUCAAAUACUCCCCGAGGACGAUCGGGUCCUCAUAGCAGGCGGAAGAAGAGUCUUCUCCUACGAAUUCGUACCAAAGUUGUCGUCGACGGACGAAUCUCAUGAUCUUCCCUUCUUGCACCAAACGUAUGACAGAAAUGGAGGAGGAAACAAUCUAUAUCCCUUCCUUCACCUUUCCUCAGACGGCAACUUGUUUAUUUUCGCCAACCGAGAUUCAAUCCUCUUCAACUAUAAACAAAACAAGGUGAUCAAAACUUUCCCCCGGAUGCCUGGAAAAGGAUCGAGGAGCUACCCAAGCUCAGGUUCAUCGGUGAUCCUCCCGUUGGAGCACGGCCACAAAUUCCGCAAGGUGGAAGUGAUGGUGUGUGGGGGAGCAGCACCAGGAGCUCAUAGAGCGGCGGGAAGGGGCAAGUUCUUGAAGGGACUAAAAAGCUGCGGUAGAAUGGAGAUCACGGGAAACAAGCACAAGUGGAAGAUGGAAAACAUGCCGGGGCCACGCCUUAUGAACGACAUGAUAAUCCUUCCCACGGGCCACAUCCUAAUCGUCAACGGAGCUCGGCGAGGUAGCGCCGGUUGGAACAAUGCGGCGGGUCCUUCCCUCGUGCCGUACCUCUACAAGCCAAAGAAGGCACUCGGAAGAAGGUUUUCAAUGCUCAAGUCCACCAAAAUAGCAAGACUUUAUCACUCCUCUGCAAGUCUCCUCCCUGAUGGGAGGAUUUUGGUUGCUGGCGGGAAUCCGAACCAGCAAUACGUGUUUGAAAACGUGACUUACCCUACCGAACUCAGGUUACAAGCGUUUAUGCCGCACUACAUGGACAGAAGAUACCACAAAUACCGGCCGGAAAAUGUCACGAUAGAAACCCAAGGCGAUCGCAGUGUCAAGUACGGUGAAGACUUCACGGUUCGAUUCUGGCUGGGGAGGAGUUCAAGCAAAGUGGUUGAGUUUAGCAUCUAUGCGCCCCCCUUCACGACGCAUUCCUUAUCGAUGAAUCAGAGGCUGCUCAAACUCUUGAGUAAGAACACGGUUAGAGAUGCGGCGAAGGGGUGGGUGAAUGUCACCGUCGAAGCCCCUCCAUCUCCUAAUGUUGCGCCGCCAGGCUAUUACAUGCUCACAGUCGUUAAUGGAGGAAUUCCUAGCAUAUCUCAGUGGAUCAGAUUCAUGCAUGCUUAGAAGUUCUCUUAAAA